UCCUGUCUCAGGAAAGUAGCAAAACAAUGGCGUCAAAUACGGAGACCUCUGAUCCAGGGUCUGAAGGGGGAUCCAACGAAACUCUAGCAUCUCAGAAAAGAGAAGACAGGCUACGAAAGUUUAGAGAGUUGCAUUUCAAACGAAACGAAGCACGUAAACUUAAUCAUCAGGAGGUUGUUGAAGAAGAUAAGAGGCUCAAACUGCCUUCAAACUGGGAGGCAAAGAAAGCCCGGCUGGAAUGGGAGCUGACUGAAGACCAAAAGAAAAAGGAAUGUGCCGCCAGAGGAGAAGAUUAUGAUCGAGUCAAACUCCUGGAGGUCACGGCUGAUGAUGCAGAGCGAUGGGAGAGGAAGAAGAAGAAGAAAAAUCCAGACCCAGGAUUUGCAGGUUAUGCCGAGGCACAGUUCCGACAGUAUCAAAGACUUGCCAAACAGAUCAGACCAGACAUGAACAACUAUGUGAGACAGAGGGAAGAAUGCGGUGAGGACUUUCAUCCCACAUCCGACAGCUUGAUCCAUGGCACUCACGUUCCCACAAAAGAGGGCAUUGACCGCAUGGUGGAGGAUGUUGAAAAACAGAUUGAGAAAAGAUCCAAGUACAGUCGACGCAGAGCCCAUAAUGACGAUGCUGACAUUGACUACAUUAAUGAGAGGAAUGCAAAGUUCAACAAGAAGGCCGAGCGCUUUUACGGCAAAUACACAGCAGAAAUCAAACAGAACCUGGAGAGAGGCACAGCUGUUUAGUGUUUGCAUUUGAAAUUUGUUACGCACAUUUCCCCAAAUGUAAAGUAUGUGUCAUUUUCGGAGACAUUGUUUUAAAUCAUUGUAUUUUAAUUAAACUUGUUGGUGCAGA